AUGGCCGGUGCGGGCGAGCGCAUGCGAUCGACACGCGCCCCCCCGGAGGUCGGUGCAGCGCCGGCUACCAAAGAAGAGACAAAGGACAAGUCUUUACCACCCAAGAUCGCGUUUUCCCUGGACGACGACGCGGACCAUGUGGCGAAUGAACUGGAGGAGUUCUACUCGCUAAGUGGCCCACGUUGCGCAUGGAUAGCAACAUACCACCUGGAAGCGCAUGAGGCGCGUCUGAGCGCUUCGCAUGCCCUGCUCUACCACUUGCAGGGAUCGUUUGGCGAGACGAGCAGCGAAGACGAGCAGCUCUACUGGAUGCGUGAGAAUGCGCGUAUGGUGUUUGAGCUGGGAGGUCUCGAGGAUAUCUUCGUGGCCUGCAAACAUGCAUGCUGGCGACACGACUGGCUGAGCUCGCUGCCCGACUUUUUACCUGAGGGAGCCGGUCCUUCCAAGGACCCUGUAUUCACGCCGCAAGAUAAGGCAGCGCUUAUGGAAGAGGUGAACAUGGAAGUCACGGUGCACUUUUCCCAGCUAUACAGCCUGGUCGAACUGCUACGUGGAGAUUUCAUGCUAGCUGAGGCUCUAACCACGCUCGGAGGCCACAAAGAGCUAGUGCGGUGCAAAGAGCUCAUGCGGCAGCGCGAAGGUCUUCCGCCGAAAACGCCCGCUGCCAAGAAAUGCUCGGCCUCGCCCAGCGAUAUCCGCCACUUUCGCGCCGAGCUGGCUGCCAAGUACCCUACGCUGGCUCCUUUGCAGAAGCGAGGCCUUGAAAGCGAGGCUAUUGGGUACGCCACACAGGCACUUCCGCUCCUGUCGAAUGGCGAUGCAACCACAGAGCCUCCCAGCUCGGCUGACGAAGAGCGUGUCGCCGCUGUCAAGGCUGCGACGGCGCCACCCCCGGUGAAACUGGGCCGCCAAAAGUUCCAGACGGACCAGAAUCGGCCCUAUGUGCUGCCGCUCCCACCGCAGUUGAUGACACCCUUAGUCAUUGACGAAGCCCGCGCGCUGUACGCGGAACAUUUGUACAUUAGCACCAGCGCAUGGCAAACGUGGUGCACGCGCGAGUCACUGCUGAACGAUCUGCAAGGCUCUCCGGCAUCCCUGAGCGAUGCUAUGGCAGCAUUGCAUAUAUCGCCCGAGACACCGGCGGAUCAGGGCGAGGAUGCUCGCCGUAUGGCUUGGGUCGACGACAUGUACCGCGGCCUUCUUCCAUCCCUGCAAAGUGCCGUGAUCGUGCUACUUAAGCUGGUGCUAGCUACAACCACAUCCGGUGGCACGAGCAGUGCAUACAUGCGUGCUGUAGCGGAGGGGACACCAUCCGAACAGGCACCGGCACCCACGCUCGAAGACUUGGACAUUGUGCGCCACAGAGAAAUUCUCAACAAGGGCAUCAGCGCUGUCCUCCUCCUCUGCUUGCAGUGGUUCAAGGUCAGCCAUGCUCUCAAGUUCGAGUAUCUCUCGCAGAUGCUGCUCGACUCAAAUGUGCUCCUUCUCAUUCUCAAGUUGUUUGGCCUCCAGGAGGUCGGCCAGACCACACAGUGGCGCACUGAAGCACACCCCUUCGGGUUCUUUGAGUAUUGCCGCGUCGUGGGCCACUACAACUCGACGGCCACACCACAGUCGAUCCUGGAAGGAACAGACUUACGCAUCGGCCGUGUAUGGGAGGCCUACCCCAACGACCUCCCGCGACUUCGGCACACGCAAGAGCGUGAUAUUCCGCAGCAAGCCUACUCUUGGCGAAACAUGGCCACCACUGUGAAUCUUACGCGCAUUUUGUACCAGGUAUGCAAGGGGAAGGUACAUCGGAUUCUCCUACUGGUGCAGUACAAGAGCUCGGCGAUUUUGAAGCGCGUUCUCAGCGUUCCCCACGAUGGUCUGGAACUGUAUGUGCUCAAGAUUCUCAAGUGCCAGAUUCCGUACUGCGGCCGCAAAUGGCGGCAGUCCAAUAUGAGUAUUAUCACGCAAAUCUACCUCCGCUGCCGGCCGCACUUGCGGGAUGAGUGGACUGGCGGCGGCGACUUGGACGCAGAGGUGGAAGCGUCGCUGAGUGGAGAGCAGACGAUCCGUACGCUGAUCCAGUACUACAAUCGGACCCAGUAUCAGUUCCUCGCUCCGGUCGCAGGAUCGAGCGCAGAGAGUGCUGCGCCUAAGCCAUCCACUGAGACUGAGCGCGAUGCCUUUGAGCGCGAUGCUUUCCCUGCAGAACGGAAAAGCGCCGCUUCCUCAACACCUGGGCGCUACAUCAACAAUAUGGGCGUCGACGGCUACCUGGAUAUGUACGAGGACAUGCUGCAGGAAAUGUUUGCAGUGCCGCUCGAGUCACUUGAGACGCCUUCGACGGACCCGACGCCUCCGUCCAGCGCGGGUGCAGAAACGCCUGAAGAUGGGCGCAGCGACUGGGAGCACCUCAGUCCCCGUGAAAUGGAUGUCUUGUCUCGCUCGCCAGGCAUCAUGCCUGUGCCGUCGACCAAAGCACACACCUUGGGCGGCACCCCAGGGCGGCCAAAGCACAUCCGCAAUGUGUCGUGGAGCACACCUGCCGUAUCAGACAAUGAGCGUCGGCGCGUCAAUUCGAGUCCUAGUGCCAUGCGUCCCCCACUACACUGGAACAUGGAAGACCUAGUUGAGGAUGCGCUGUCUAUGGAGCACAACGACGAAUCCGGUAAGGAUAAUGCGGACGACAGCGUCUCCCCGGUAUGGAACAUUACUCCCGACGUCCUUAUUCCCGAAGAGCCACUCCCAUCUCCACAGCCUGGCGGCAUCGACGAAAUCGAGCACAUCUUUGGUGCGUAG